CAAACAGGGCAGGGGCCCUAACAACUAGGCGGUGGAGCUGCGUAGCGCCCUCGGGUUUCACUUCCAGGAAUCUGAACAGCAUCGAAGAGAAUACAAAGUUAGAAAAGGUCGGGAUUUUAGAGCUAGGGUUUCCUCCUUCAUAGAAUCCCUUUUUCUUCUUCCUCGCGAUCCCUCAAUAGUUUCCCUUCUUCUCAGAUUCACGCAGUCUUCCGUCGAGCGUUGCGAAUUACAUACAGAUUUCUACAGGAAAAAAAAUUGAAAUAAAAAUUCCAAGGAAUGCUGAAAGAUGUGCCUCCACGCAAUUAAUUUCUUGCCCAAAUCAAACAAAUCCUUAACUCCAAACCAGCUGCUGCUAUCUCUCAUCUUCAACAAGAUUGUUCAAAAAACAAUCUUCCAUCAUAAUCUUCAUUCAAGAAUGAGCACUCGAAUAUUCAAUUCAACAAAUCCUGUUCUGUUGGGCCAUGAUAUCGGCGACGAUGGUUGAAAUCUUUUGAAUCAAAACUCCUCUUUCCGUAUAAUUUAAACAUACUUACAGGAGGUAUCAAACUUAUAGAAAGAUUUCGAAAAUGAGAUCAGAAAACAAAGGUUGUGUUCUGAUGCAAAGGUAUGAAUUAGGGAGACUAUUAGGCCAGGGUACAUUUGCAAAGGUUUAUCAUGCAAGAAAUAUUAAAACAUCACAAAGUGUUGCCAUAAAGAUGAUUGACAAGGAGAAGGUCUUCAAGGUUGGACUCAUAGAUCAAAUCAAAAGAGAGGUUUCAGUCAUGAGAUUAGUGAAACACCCGAACAUCGUGCAGCUUUAUGAGGUCAUGGCUACCAAAUCUAAGAUCUACUUUGUCCUUGAAUAUGUCAAAGGUGGAGAGCUUUUCAACAAAGUUUUGAAGGGAAGGAUUAAGGAAGAUGUUGCAAGGAAAUAUUUUCAGCAGCUAAUUGGCGCGGUUGAUUUCUGUCAUAGUCAAGGAGUUUAUCACCGCGAUCUGAAACCCGAGAACUUGCUUGUAGAUGAUAAUGGAAACUUGAAGGUUUCGGAUUUUGGAUUGAGCGCCCUCGCGGAUUCGAAGAAGCAAGAUGGCUUGCUCCAUACUACUUGUGGGACUCCAGCUUAUGUUGCUCCUGAGGUGAUCAGUAGGAAAGGAUAUGAUGGAGCUAAAGCUGAUAUCUGGUCUUGUGGUGUGAUCUUGUUUGUUCUUUUAGCUGGUUUUUUGCCAUUUCAGGAUCAGAAUUUGAUGGAGAUGUACAAGAAGAUUGGUAAGGCAGAAGUUAAGUACCCGAAUUGGUUCCCUUCAGAUGUGAGAAGGCUGAUAAUGAGGAUUCUCGAUCCUAAUCCGGCAACAAGGAUUUCAAUGGCGAAAAUCAAGGAGAAUUCAUGGUUUAGAAAGGGUUUGAGUUCGAACAAGGCGAUAAAUCAAGCGGAAGCUGAAGAAUUGGGUGCUCUGGAUGUCGAUGCGGCUUUUGCUUCCUCAAACGGCACUGUCACAGAAGAAAAGCGAGAAGGACCUAAGAUCAUUAACUUGAAUGCCUUUGACAUCAUCUCUCUUUCGUCAGGUUUCGAUCUUUCCGGCCUGUUCGAGAAGUCCAACCGGACGAAAGCGGUGCGGUUCACGUCCUCAAAGCCGGCUUCAGCCAUUGUUUCAAAGCUCGAGGAGGUUGGUGAGCGGUUGGGGAUGAAGGUGAAGAAGAAGGGUGGAGGUGUUUUGAAAAUGGAGGGAUUGAGAGAAAGGGGGAAGGGAGGUUUGGGUAUUGACGUUGAGAUAUUUGAGCUGACUUCUUCGUUCCAUAUGGUUGAAAUCAGUAUGAGCAGUGGAGAUACAAUGGAGUAUCAGAAGCUAUGGAAGGAGGAGAUGAAGCCAGCUCUGAAGGAUAUCGUGUGGGCAUGGCAGCUUGAAGAACACUGAAGAGAGAUUUUUCUAUUUUGUUUAUGGUGAUUCUACUGUUUCUGCUUCUGUUUCUGUUUCUGUUCAGAUUGUUGGAGUGAUUUGGCUUUGUAUUUUUGUUUUUUUUUUAAUGAUUGUGGGGGGUGAAACUUGUUGUGGUAUUUGAUGUGUUUUAU